GAAUAUGCUUCACGGAGACAUGUAAAAAGCACUAUGAUUAUGGAAGACAAUAAACAGGAGCUGGCUGGAGUCGCUGUUGGCAGCUCAGUCGUGGAGCUGUGUUCACUGCACAGUCGAUGGUGUCCGGUGUUGCCAUAUACUGAACCAGAUAGAUUAUGUGUCUUGGAGUUUUGCAUAGGAGCAUCUGAAGGUGGGAAAAACCUCAAUUAUAAGUUGGUGACAAGAUUAACCAAAGACAUCUCUGAAACGUACAAAAUAUGCAACCCGGGAUUCCACUAUUCAGAAGAAUUGAACCCAAAGAGGUUCUUGACAAGCCCAUCCAUUGGAGUGCUCAAUGAUGGCUAUGAUAAUGCAAACUCGGACCUCAUCCUUGCUGUGAAUUAUGUGUUGGUUAAUUUAGACACACAGCGAAGGUUUGGCUUUGAAAUGUUUCAUCCUUUUGCUAUAUUAUAUUGCAUUACAAAGAAUAUUUUAGAGAAAUAG